CGCGGCGCUCCCGCCCGCGCGCGCCGGCGGACAUGGGGUCGAAAGCGUCCAAAGCGAAGAAUAAGGUGAAGAAUGGCGGCGUCCAGAGCGCGACCGCCGGCUCCACGCCGCCGUCCUCGCGCGACCCCUCCGCGCGAGGCGGGUCGCAAAACUCGCGACGAAACUCGCUCGAUCGCGAGCAAACCUUGAAGAACGUGCGCAAGGUGCAGGACGUGUACGAGAUGAAGAGCGUGCUGGGCACGGGCGGAUACGCCGUCGUCUGGGGCGCGGUUCACAAGCGAACGCGUCAGGAGUACGCGAUCAAAGUCAUGAAGGCGACGUCGAGCUCGAACCCGAAUGACGACGAGGUCUCCGUGGAUGAGAUCCGGAACGAGAUCGAGGUCAUGAAGCGCAUCGAGCAUCCGAACAUCGUGCACGUCCGCGAGUACUUCGUCCAAAACGGGAAGUUUUACAUCGUCAUGGGGUGGCUCAAAGGCGGCGAGCUGUUAGACGCGCUGUUAGACCUGGGGAAUUACACGGAGCAAGACGCGAAGGUGAUCGCGCGGCAGCUGUUGGAGGCGCUGAGUUACAUGCACGUCAACAACGUGAUUCACCGCGACUUGAAGCUCGAGAAUCUGCUCCUCGCGCGACCGAAUGACAUAUCCUCCGUCGUCAUCGCGGACUUUGGGCUCGCGAGGAAGGCCGUGAACGCGCGGCAGGUGUUCACGACGCAGUGCGGGACGCCGUCUUACGUCGCCCCGGAGAUUCUGUUGGGGCAGUCGUACACCCCCGCGGUGAACGUGUGGAGCAUGGGCGUCAUCCUCUACACGCUGCUCAUCGGUUCCUUCCCGUACGCGCACAGCGACCAACAGACGCUGUUUCGCAUCAUCUGCAGCGGUAAAUUCCAAACGUCGCAGCCGGAGUGGGAGCAGAUCGGCCCGGAGGUGAAGGACCUUCUGAGGGGGUUACUGUGCGUCGACGUGAAGGAGCGACUCACCGCGGCGGACGCUCUGAAUCACGCGUGGUUCACCGCGGAUAACGACGCGAGCUCUAAAAACUUGAAGGCGUCUCGGGCGCGUCUGCACACGUUCGCGGACAGCAUGAAGCUGCAGGUGAAAACGUUCGAGCCUGGUGCGUUUCUCGUACGGCAAGGCGAGCUCGGGCACGAGGUGUAUCUCAUCCGCGAGGGCACCUGCGACGUCACGGUCGCGAACGCGAACGGAAGCGUCUCGAAAGUCGCGACCCGAGGCAAGGGCGACUUCAUCGGCGAGAUGGCGGUGUCCUCCGAAGACGGCGACGCCGCCGCCAAGCCGCGCACCGCGUCCGUGCGAGCCGUCGACUUCGUCAGCGCCACGGUGCUGAGCAAGGCGGACAUGCAGUGGGCGGUCGAUCACGACUACUCGCUGGAGGGGGAGAUUCGGAGCGUGAUCGAGGCGAGGCGCGCGGAGCUGGACGACGCGUCGCAUCGCGGCGGGAACGAGUAUUCCCCCGACGGCGGGGGCGGCGGCGCGGACGCGCUCGGCGACGGCGUCGCCGCGAUGGAACUCGAGUAGCCGCCGGUCGGCCAGUGCGCGCGUAUAUCAUUAUUCUGUCAUCUUCAUGGCGUUAUCUAGUC